CUCGUCUAACGCGGCUUUGCAACCAGCAGCCUCCCUGCCGCUUCUGCUGCUCCCCUACACCACCUCACCUCAGCAGGCCUGACGCCGGUGCUGGGCGCUGCAGCAGCUGCGACUUGCGUCGAAGCGCCACACAGCCCGUCUGAGCUUCCUCGCAAACCACCCGCAACGCUGAGCCAAACCACCCAUCAACCCUCUCAAACUCCACACCCUGCCCUGCUCGCUCGGGAACGACCUUUCAUCCUUUACUAGGCCCUCGUGACAAUUCCCUGCCAAGUUUGAUUGGGCCUUUCCCCUUCUUCUUCCUCUGCUGCUGCAUUUCCACUUCCUCCUCUUUGUCGCUUUUGUUUCCACCUCCCUUCGUCUGCCCGCACGCUCGCUGGGUACGGAUACUACAUAUUAAACAAACACAAGCGCACCACUCUACCAAUCCUUCCGCCGCCUCCCAACCGUUCGUCAUCUUCGUCGUCUGGUCCGCCACAGUAUAGAUUGCCUGCUACAGGAGCUGCCGCCAAUACCACACCACACCACACCACACCACUAACCAAUCUUCUCUCGAGCUCCUACGGAUGCUACCGAGCUAAAGCUCGACCUCCGCCCCCCCUCCAUAUCGAGCCUCAUCCCGCCGCGAAUCCUGCACGAAGCUUCCCGAUCCAAACCAACGCUCCAGGGCCAAACCCCCCGAUAAGCUCCUCGGCAUCUUUGACAGCACGGCCAUCUUUCACCCUACCACCCUGUCGUACGAGCCGACGACGACUCUGUUUCAACCUCCUACGGUCCUGCAUAUGUCUCGCGACGGCCGCAUACACACACAUUCACGAUGAAGAGCACGCCGCUUAUCAUCAAUUGGCACGACCAGAAUGCCCCCGUUUACUCGGCCCAUUUCGAGCCCCACGGCAAGGGCCGUCUGGCCACGGCCGGAGGAGACAACAACGUGAGACUCUGGAAGGUCGAGACGGAUGGCGAAGAUCGAAAGGUCGACUACCUGUCGACCCUGACCAAGCACACACAAGCAGUCAACGUCGUCCGUUGGGCCCCCAAAGGCGAGAUCCUCGCUUCUGCCGGCGACGAUGGCAAUGUCAUCAUCUGGGUCAUGUCCGAGCACACCGGCCCUGCCUUUGGCAACGAGGGCCUCGAGGACAAGGAGACUUGGCGCACGAAGCACAUGUGUCGAUCCAGCGGAUCCGAGAUCUACGACCUGGCCUGGUCCCCCGACAGCUCCUACUUCAUCAUCGGAAGCAUGGAUAACAUCGCCCGGAUCUACAAUGCCAGCUCUGGCACCCUAGUACGCCAAAUCGCCGAGCAUAGCCAUUACGUGCAAGGAGUUGCCUGGGACCCCCUGAACGAGUACAUUGCGACACAGUCGUCUGACCGAUCCGUCCAUAUUUACUCCCUCAAGACCAAGGACGGUCAGCAUACUCUCAGCGGUAACCACGACGACAAGCCCUCCAAGAUCGCGAGCCACAACAAGAGUGACCUGCCCCCGCGCCGCAUCUCCUCCAGCAGUCCUGCACCUCCCGACUUCAGCAUGCGGACCCACCUCACCGUAGAGCAGGCCGUGGGGUCUCCGGUGCCGUCCGCUCCCGGUACUCCCACCUCCAUGGCCCUGCCGAUGAACCCCCCGAGUGUUAUCAGCCAUAGUAGGCGGUCCUCGUUCUCGUCGAGACGCUCACCAUCCCCAGCUCCGUCAAUGCCCCUGCCGGCCGUCAUGCCCCUGGAACCUUCGCCGAAGCCUCACCCCUCGGGCGGUCUCGGUAUGAAGAACUCGACGCUGUACGCAAAUGAGACGCUAUCUUCCUUCUUUCGGCGUCUCACCUUCACGCCCGAUGGCAGUCUUCUUCUCACCCCGUCUGGUCAAUACCAAACCCAGCACAACUCGGAGGGUGGCGCAAAGCCAACCUUUGAGGUGACCAACACCGUCUACAUCUAUACGAGAGGCGGUAUCAACAAGGCGCCCAUUGCACACUUGCCUGGUCACAAGAAGCCGUCGGUGGUUGUCAAGUGCUCGCCAGUCUUUUACACCCUGCGAACGUCGCCCCCGGUGACCAAGCACAUAACCAUCGACACAUCUUCUUCCGAAGACCCUAUCCCAGCCCUUCCGGAGCCUGUCGCGAAGCCUACGGGGAGCACGUCUGUCAUGGACCCGCCUCCUCCUCCUACUUCGGUCCCCGAGUCGAGUCCGGCCCCGGCCAAGACAGAACCCAGCGUUUCUACCCCAGGUCCGAAGGCGGCCUUCGCCUUGCCUUACAGAAUGAUUUAUGCUGUUGCAACCCAAGACUCUGUACUUCUUUACGACUCUCAGCAGCAAACCCCUAUUUGCAUCGUCAGCAACCUCCACUGUGCUACGUUCACAGACCUAGCCUGGUCGAGCGACGGACUGACUCUCUUGGUAUCGUCGUCCGACGGGUUCUGCUCUACGCUGUCUUUCUCGCCUGGCGAAUUGGGACAAGUCUACCAGGGAGACUUGCCCACCGCCAAGAGCCCUGCCGUGCCUGGGAGCAUGACAGCGACAUCGUCAUCAUCGAACCAGAACACUCCGAUUCCCACCUCAAGCUCGGCGUUCGCGCCCCCUUCCCCGUUUCACAACGGCGGAACGCACCAUCACCGAAAUUCAGCGAGCUCCUUUACUGCUCCAUCGCCACCGCCCGCUGGCUUCGUCAGUCAAAGACCCCAUUCGCCUGCGCGAUCAAACUCUACCUCAUCCGUGGCCACGCAGUCGUCAAAUGUGGUCACCAAUCCCUCCCUGAUUGUCGGUAGUGUGCCCGGCAUCGCGGUCGCCAAUUCUACAAAGGUCACGGGAGUUCCCAUUACCACGCCUCCUGAAACGCCUAGGACCAACGUUGCCCCCAGCACGGCAGCGAGUGGGAUCAAGCGUGACGCCAGUGAAGGCGAGAAGGAGGAGGGCAGCGAGCCCAAGAAGAGACGGAUUGCGCCGACGCUGGUGGAGCAGAAACCGUAGACGGCGUCGGCUGCUGUUUGAGUUGUUCGAAUAUUGUCUUGUACAAUGAAUCAUGGGAUAAAAGCGUUGCUUGGUCGGAGAACAUGGUACUGAGGUAAAUGCUGCGGGCUCAUAUGGGCGAUGAAAGCCCACGCCGGCAGGAUGGAGCAGAGGUAACGGCUGUUCGCCGAGGUUGCUCUGGUGGGAGAAUAUGUUUGCAUGGCAUGGCGUUGCUAGGGUAUAACAAGGACUUUGUGGCGAUUUGUCUCUAGUCUGCUGGAAUGAAUUUUGCUUCUUAUCAUAUAGAGAUGUUACGGUUGCUCUCGUGCGGCAAAUGAUGGGGUCCAUUAUGUAUGUGCCUUGAAGAAGGGAUGGGGGUUGCUAUCGUAAGCAAGUGGGGCAAGUGCAACGACAUGUCCUGAAUUCGGUGAUGCCUUGUGACGGCUAGGUAGUUUCAAAUGGGGGAGCAAGAAGCGCGCGAAAAUGAGGGGCUGAAAUUUCAAAACCUGCAGCCAU